ACUUUCACGGCAAAGAAAAUCAACUUUUCUCAGAGAGAGGGAAAAUGAAACGCCAACGUCACUGCUACUGAUCUCCGCCGCCUUCCGAUCCCGCUCACUCUCCCUCUGCUUCAUCCUUUUCUGUUUGUAGGAGGAUCAAAUUGAGACUGGAAUUCGUAAAUCUAUGAAGUUUUUGUUGGAAUUCGUAUCAUGGUGCGGCCGACCGGUUUCACUUUCCGAAGAUUGUAGGAGCCGAGAGGCGACGGUGACAAUUGAGAAGGAGGAGAGGUCGCUGAGGUCUUCAGAGGCGGAGGUACGAAGGAACAGAAGAAGGAAGCGGGGGAGGGUGGGAUCUUCUUCCGUGUUCCGGCAGGCUUCGGCUGUGGCGAAUUGGAAACCUUCACUGUACGCGAUUUCGGAGGAGAAGAUCGUGAUGGUGGAAGGAGAGAAAUCGUUGACGAAAUUGAAGGCGGAG